AUGCGCGCCGCAACUCUGCUCCUGCUGGCGGCGGUCGUCGCUGACCUUCCCGUGUCUGCGGACGUGGGUCAGUCGUCAGACGCGGGGCAGUCGUCGCAUCACGGAGGGGGCUACAAGAUCGUACAGUGGGAAUGGAGCUACGUGCAGACGCCGUACGUCAUCGCCAUAUGGCUGCUGAUGGCCAGUGUUGCAAAAAUAUUGUUCCACUUCUCCCAGCGGCUCAGCUCCGUGGUGCCCGAGAGCUGUGUGCUCAUCCUGCUGGGUCUGGUGUUGGGCGGGGUGGUCCUCGUGGCAAGCCAGAAGCCCCUGUACCAACUGGACCCCGGGCUCUUCUUCCUCUUCCUGCUGCCCACCAUCGUCGCCGACGCCGGCUACUUCAUGCCCAGCCGGCUGUUCUUCGAGAACCUGGGUCCCAUCUUGAUGUACGCCGUGCUGGGCACCCUGUGGAACGCCUUCUGCACUGGGCUAUGCCUGUACGGGAUGAAGGCGGCUGACGUGAUCGGGCCAGACGUGGAGGCUGGGAUGAUGGAGUUCCUGCUCUUUGGAGCCCUGAUCUCAGCGGUGGACCCCGUCGCUGUGUUGGCCGUGUUCGAGGAGGUCCAGGUCAACGAGACGCUCUUCAUCAUUGUGUUCGGCGAGUCGCUGCUCAACGACGCCGUCACGGUGGUUCUGUACAAAGUGUACAUCUCUUUUGUGGAGGUCGGAGUGGAAAAUGUUCAGAUCGCAGAUUAUUUUAAAGGAUUGGCCUCCUUCCUCAUCGUCAGCCUUGGGGGGACGCUGGUGGGGCUGAUCUUUGGCAUGAUCCUGGCCUUCGUCACGCGAUUCACCAAGAAGGUGCGGAUCAUCGAGCCUCUCUUCGUGCUCCUCCUGGUCUACCUGGCCUACCUGACGGCCGAGCUCUUCUCCCUGUCCGCCAUCCUGUCCAUGAUCUUCUGUGGCAUAGGCUGCAACAAAUAUGUAGAGGCAAACAUAUCCCAGAAGUCUCGCACCACGGUGAAGUACACCAUGAAGACUCUGGCCAGCAUUGCGGAGACCAUCAUCUUCAUCUUCCUGGGCAUUUCCGCCGUGGAUAAAUCAAAUUGGGCCUGGGACUCUGGCCUGAUCUCCUGCACCCUUAUCUUCAUCCUGGUGUUCAGAGCCAUGGGUGUCAUAAUGCAAACCUGGCUGUUGAACCGCUUCAGACUGGUUCCGUUGGACGGGAUUGACCAGGUGGUGAUGUCCUACGGUGGCCUGAGAGGGGCAGUGGCAUUCGCGCUGGUGGCCUUACUCAACCAAGAUCAAGUUAAGGCAAAGGACUACUUCGUGGCAACCACAAUCGUCGUUAUUUUCUUCACGGUUAUGUUCCAGGGCCUGACAAUCAAGCCUCUGGUUAAAUGGCUUAAAGUGCCACAGAGCACAAAUCGCAAGCCCACCAUCAACGAGGAGAUUCAUGAAAGGGCCUUUGACCACACCCUGACGGCAGUGGAAGACAUCGCCGGCCUCAGCGGCUACCACCACUGGAGAGAUAAAUGGGAGCAGUUUGACAAGAAGUUUCUCAGCAAGCUGCUGAUGAGGAAGUCUGUGUACCGCAAGGCUGAACUGUGGGAAGUGUACCAGAAGAUCAACCUCAGAAAUGCCAUAACCAUCAUCGACCAGGGUGGCAACGUGUUCAGUGCUGCAAGGCUCUCUCUACCUUCAAUAGCGAGUAGGCCAUCCUUCCCUGAGGUCACGGACAUGACCAACUACCUGCGGGAGAAUGGGAGCGGAGUGUGCCUGGACCUGCCGGCAGUUGACCCGGUUCUGGGACCAACGAUGGACGAGGAGUCCGAGACGCACAACGUCCUGACGGGGAACCUGUACAAGCCCCGGCGAAGGGUUCAGGCCCACUACAGCCGGCACUUCAUGACGACGGGCGAGAGCGAGAGACAGGAGCGGGAGGUGUUCCAGAGAAACAUGCGCGGCCGUCUCGAGUUAUUCAAGUCCACCUGCUACCGGAGCAAGAGCCGCCACAGGAAAAUCCAGAAAAGGCGUAAAGGAUCGGAUAUAAGUGAGCGAGAUGGCAGUGAUAAACCAAUGAGAAAAGUCAGCUGGCAAGACACAGCGGCCGUGGCUGUGGAUUGUGAGGAAGGGAAGAGUGAGAAAGCAGAGCCAGUGAAGGAGGGGGAUGGAGGAAUUACCUUUGUGGCUCGCAAGAGCGACGAGCUGCCGAGAGAGAGGCCCAGAUCAGUCCCUGUGGCUCUGGAGGUGUGUGGGAGCCCCCCGGUCGUCACCGGCGGGGAGAGGCCCCUGCCCUGGAAGGGGAGCGGGGGAGCCCUCCCUGUCUGUGUAUCCAUGGAGGCCACCAAGCUCAUCCCCGUGGACCUGCAGCAGGCCUGGAACCAGAGCAUGUCCUCCCUGGAGAGCCUGGCCCCGCCCCCGCCCGAGCCCCUGCACCCGCAAGUGACCGCCCUCUGCCGGGAGGAGGGUAUCCUGGCUGGAGGAAGAGGAGGAGGCGCAGGGGGAGGUCCGGGCAGGAAGCAGGAAGGAGCCCAGUCCCCAGAGCAGCAGGAGAUGCAGCCUCUCCUUCCUCCUCCUCCUCCUCUUCCUCUUCCUCCCGUUCCCCUGGCUCAGGGCAUGGAGGGCAGGGGCCUGUCCUGCAGUGGGAGUCCCUGCAUCAUCAUGAGGAGCCUGGUGACAGCGCCCCCUCCUGGUGGGGAGGAACCGAGUGGGGGAACCACCCAGCUUUAUUGA